GAAAUCAGUCUCACGAUUCAGUCCCAGUUGCUGCUACCAGUGCACCUUGCCACCAGUCAAUCAACCACCACACCACCCCCCAUCACAUAUCUGCGGCAGUCGUUUUUCGCCAUGGCCUCGACUUCUCUCCUUCGCACCAUCACCCGCGGGCCCUCUGCCAGCCUGUUCCGCGCAUGCCGACCGGUUGUUGCCAGCCGCGCUGCUGCCAUUGCCCCCAGUGCCAUUGCUGCCUCGAGCCUCAACUUCAGCACCACCGUUGCCCGCCGCAGCGAUGCCCACGCCGAGGAGACCUUUGAGGAGUUCACUGCCAGAUAUGAGAAGGAGUUUGAGAGCGUACAAGAUGUUUUCGAGCUGCAGCGCAACUUGAACAACGCUUUCGCCUACGAUCUCGUCCCCUCUCCCACAGUCGUCGUUGCCGCCCUCAAGGCCGCUCGCAGGGUCAACGACUACCCCACCGCUGUGCGCAUCUUCGAGGGCGUUAAGGCCAAGGUCGAGAACAAGGGCCAGUACCAGCAGUACCUUGACGAGCUCAAGCCUCUACGUGAGGAGCUUGGCAUCGCGCUCAAGGAGGACCUCUACCCCGAGGAGGCCAAGCACUAAACAACCGGCAAUGGAACUGUAAUCAAAUACCCUCGGCAGACUCGAUAUCCGGAAACGCGUUUAUAGACUGGCACUAAUUGGAGCUGGAAGAGGGGAUCCCACUUGGCUAUACUCGUGGGGAGACUGCGUCAUCCCAUCCGGAUGGUCAACUUUGUAUAUGUCUACUACUUACAACCUUUAGAAGCAAAAAAAAAAAAGUCUCAAGGCGGCAUUGGUCAAUUGGGGCAACAGGCAUUGGUGAAGACUAGAGGCCAAUCUUGGUUUUUUUUUUCCUUUUUCUUUCCUUUGUUGUGUAAAGCAUCAAUGAGAACCAUUAAAAAUCAA